UGAUGCGGGGCUCGGUCACGUUGCCCCCUGGAAGCUUGAGGAUGCGCCAGGUUUGACUCUGCAGGGCGUGCGCGCUUUGGGGGUGGAAGGAAGAGGAAAGCGGCAGGAAGGCGAGCCCCAAGGUGGAGAAUCGCCUGGGCGCGCAGGCUGCGGCGGCUUCGCACAGCCGCCCUGGGCGCUGCACGGGUCCGCGCGCACCCUCCUGCGCACCCACUCGCGGCCAGCUCCCUACAGAGGAGUGGAGUGACUGCUCGACUACCGCCCCUCUUUUAGUGUGAGCGUCUGGAGUCCUGACCGCCCCAGCCAGCCCAGCCACGAUGCACUGUCUAAGAGGAUGUGGCAAGACCCAGAAGUGUGGGUGACCUUAUGUCAGAGGAAGUGGCUUUCUUAUUGCAGCAAAAAUUCCCGUACCAAUGUCAGUGCUAGGAUGGAGUUUCACUGUGUCACCCAGGCUGGAGUGCAGUGGCACAAUCUCAGCUCAGUGCAACCUCUGUCUCCUGGGUUCAAGCAAAUCUCCUGCCUCAGCCUCUUGAGUAGCCUGAGUAGCUGGGACUAAAGAGUCAUGCUCUGUCACCCAGGCUGGAGUACAGUGGCGUGAUGUCUGCUUACUGCAGCCUACACCUCCCAGUUCAAGUGAUUCUCCUGCCUCAGCCUCCCAAGUAGCUGGGAUUACAGUUCAGAGGCCAGCCACGACCUCAAAGAAAGAAAUAAUCUUCAAGGCUUAUUUACAUCUAUUCAUUUGUUCAUUCAUGGAAAAAUUAUGUACGGGAAAAAUGUGAAGUGGAAGGAAAGGAGACAAGGAUACCCUUCUGCUUCUUUUCUGAUUGUGAAGAUGGAAAGGGUCCAACCCCUGGAAGAGAAUGUGGGAAAUGCAGCCAGGCCAAGAUUCGAGAGGAACAAGCUAUUGCUGGUGGCCUCUGUAAUUCAGGGACUGGGGCUGCUCCUGUGCUUCACCUACAUCUGCCUGCACUUCUCUGCUCUUCAGGUAUCACAUCGGUAUCCUCGAAUUCAAAGUAUCAAAGUACAAUUUACCGAAUAUAAGAAGGAGAAAGGUUUCAUCCUCACUUCCCAAAAGGAGGAUGAAAUCAUGAAGGUGCAGAACAACUCAGUCAUCAUCAACUGUGAUGGGUUUUAUCUCAUCUCCCUGAAGGGCUACUUCUCCCAGGAAGUCAACAUUAGCCUUCAUUACCAGAAGGAUGAGGAGCCCCUCUUCCAACUGAAGAAGGUCAGGUCUGUCAACUCCUUGAUGGUGGCCUCUCUGACUUACAAAGACAAAGUCUACUUGAAUGUGACCACUGACAAUACCUCCCUGGAUGACUUCCAUGUGAAUGGCGGAGAACUGAUUCUUAUCCAUCAAAAUCCUGGUGAAUUCUGCGUCCUUUGAGGGGCUGAUGGCAAUAUCUAAAACCAGGCACCAGCAUGAACACCAAGCUGGGGGUGGACAGGGCAUGGAUUCUUCAUUGCAAGUGAAGGAGCCUCUCAGCUCAGCCACGUGGGAUGUGACAAGAAGCAGAUCCUGGCCCUCCCGCCCCCACCCCUCAGGGAUAUUUAAAACUUAUUUUAUGUACCAGUUAAUCUUAUUUAUCCUUAUAUUUUCUAAAUUGCCUAGCCGUCACACCCCAAGAUUGCCUUGAGCCUACUAGGCACCUUUGUGAGAAAGAAAAAAUAGAUGCCUCUUCUUCAAGAUGCAUUGUUUCUAUUGGUCAGGCAAUUGUCAUAAUAAACUUACGUCAUUGAAAACGGUACCUGACUACCAUUUGCUGGCAAUUUGACAUGUGUUUGGCAUUAUCAAAAUGAAGAGGAGCAAGGAGUGAAGGAGUGGGGUUAUGAAUCUGCCAAAGGUGGUAUGAACCAACCCCUGGAAGCCAAAGCGGCCUCUCCAAGGUUAAAUUGAUUGCAGUUUGCAUAUUGCCUAAAUUUAAACUUUCUCAUUUGGUGGGGGUUCAAAAGAAGAAUCAGCUUGUGAAAAAUCAGGACUUGAAGAGAGCCGUCUAAGAAAUAUCACGUGCUUUUUUUCUUUACCAUUUUGCUUUCCCAGCCUCCAAACAUAGUUAAUAGAAAUUUCCCUUCAAAGAACUGUCUGGGUAUGUGAUGCUUUGAAAAAUCUAAUCAGUGACUUAAGAGAGAUUUUCUUGUAUAUAGGGAGAGUGAGAUAACUUAUUGUGAAGGGUUAGCUUUACUGUACAGGAUAGCAGGGAACUGGACAUCUCAGGGUAAAAGUCAGUACGGAUUUUAAUAGCCUGGGGAGGAAAACACAUUCUUUGCCACAGACAGGCAAAGCAACACAUGCUCAUCCUCCUGCCUAUGCUGAGAUACACACUCAGCUCCAUGUCUUGUACACACAUACACAUUGCUGGUUUCAAGAAAUGAGGUGAUCCUAUUAUCAAAUUCAAUUUGAUGUCAAAUAGCACUAAGAAGUUAUUGUGCCUUAUGAAAAAUAAUGAUCUCUGUCUAGAAAUACCAUAGACCAUAUAUAGUCUCACAUUGAUAAUUGAAACUAGAAGGGUCUAUAAUCAGCCUAUGCCAGGGCUUCAGUGGAAUAGUAUCCCCUUAUGUUUAGUUGAAAUGUCCCCUUAACUUGAUAUAAUGUGUUAUGCUUAUGGUGCUGUGGACAAUCUGAUUUUUCAUGUCAACUUUCCAGAUGAUUUGUAACUUCUCUGUGCCAAACCUUUUAUAAACAUAAAUUUUUGAGAUAUGUAUUUUAAAAUUGUAGCACAUGUUUCCCUGACAUUUUAAGUAGAGGAUACAACAUCACAAAAUCUUUCUGGAUUAUUCUGUGUUAUCAAGGAAUUGUACUGUGCUACAAUUAUCUCUAGAAUCUCCAGAAAGGUGGAGGGCUGUUCGCCCUUACACUAAAUGGUCUCAGUUGGAUUUUUUUUUCCUGUUUUCUAUUUCCUCUUAAGUACAUCUUCAACUAUAUUCCCAUCCCUCUAUUUGAAUCUGUUAUGAAGGAAGGUAAAUAAAAAUGCUAAAUAGAAGAAAUUGUAGGUAAGGUAAGAGGAAUCAAGUUCUGAGUGGCUGCCAAGGCACUCACAGAAUCAUAAUCAUGGCUAAAUAUUUAUGGAGGGCCUACUGUGGACCAGGCACUGGGCUAAAUACUUACAUUUACAAUAAUCAUUCUGAGACAGAUAUUCAAUGAUAUCUGGCUUCACUACUCAGAAGAUUGUGUGUGUGUGUGUGUGUGUGUGUGUGUGUGUGUAUUUCACUUUUUGUUAUUGACCAUGUUCUGCAAAAUUGCAGUUACUCAGUGAGUGAUAUCCGAAAAAGUAAACGUUUAUGACUAUAGGUAAUAUUUAAGAAAAUGCAUGGUUCGUUUUUAAGUUUGGAAUUUUUAUCUAUAUUUCUCACAGAUGUGCAGUGCACAUGCAGGCCUAAGUAUAUGUUGUGUGUGUUGUUUGUCUUUGAUGUCAUGGUCCCCUCUCUUAGGUGCUCACUCGCUUUGGGUGCACCUGGCCUGCUCUUCCCAUGUUGGCCUCUGCAACCACACAGGGAUAUUUCUGCUAUGCACCAGCCUCACUCCACCUUCCUUCCAUCAAAAAUAUGUGUUUGUGUCUCAGUCCUUGUAAGUCAUGUCCUUCACAGGGAGAAUUAACCCUUCUAUAUACAUGGCAGAGUUUUGUGGAAAAAGAAUUGAAUGAAAAGUCAAGAGAUCAGAAUUUUAAAUUUGACUUAGCCACUAACUAGCCACGUAACCUUGGGAAAGUCAUUUCCCAUUUCUGGGUCUUGCUUUUCUUUCUGUUAAAUGAGAGGAAUGUUAAAUAUCUAACAGUUUAGAAUCUUAUGCUUACAGUGUUAUCUGUGAAUGCACAUAUUAAAUGUCUAUGUUCUUGUUGCUAUGAGUCAAGGAGUGUAACCUUCUCCUUUACUAUGUUGAAUGUAUUUUUUUCUGGACAAGCUUACAUCUUCCUCAGCCACCUUUGUGAGUCCUUCAAGAGCAGUUAUCAAUUGUUACUUAGAUAUUUUCUAUUUAGAGAAUGCUUAAGGGAUUCCAAUCCCGUUCCAAAUCAUAAUUUGUUCUUAAUUAUACUGGGCAGGUCCCCUAUUUUAAGCCAUAAUUUUGUAUUUAGUGCUUUCCUGGCUCUCAGAGAGUAUUAAUAUUGAUAUUAAUAAUAUAGUUAAUAGUAAUAUUGCUAUUUACAUGGAAACAAAUAAAAGAUCUCAGAAUUCA